ACUAGCUAGCUGUCAUGAACGUAACGUUGCUGAGACAUACACAACACGUUUAGCUAGAUAGCUCCACUUUGUCAUUAGGAAUGAAGCUACGUGAACUAUUAUCAAAUUAAAUAACCACUUUUGUCUCCACAUUUGUGAAGCCCGAGCUAACAUUCGCUACAUUCUACCCAUAUAACCUCUCUCUCAGCGUAAGGAUGAGUGAUCUGAAGGACUGCCCCGCGCUCAAAUACUAUGACUUCAAGCCGGUUGAGCAUAACAGAGUGUGCCCGCGUUACACGGCGGUGCUGGGCCGCUCUGAUGACGAUGGCAUCGGCAUUGAGGAGCUGGACACCCUGCAGCUGGAGCUUGAGACGCUGCUGUCCUCAGCCAGCCGUCGCCUCCGAGCCCUCGAAGAGCAGAGACAGAUCCUUACAGACUGGCAGGACAAGAAAGGUGACAAGCGCUUCAUGAAGCUGGGGAAGGAGGCUGACCUCACUGCUACACCACGCCACUCAAAGCCCAAGAAGCCAAAAGUGGAUGGAAAGGGUAGCCAUGGACCAGGGCCCGGCCCUGGAAGGCCCAAAUCCAAGAACCUGCAGCCCAAGAUCUCAGAAUACGAGUUUAAUGAGGAUCCACAGGAUAUGCCUCGCAAUCCAAAGAAUGAUGCACCCAACAGGUUCUGGGCAUCUGUGGAGCCGUACUGUGCUGACAUCACCAAUGAGGAGAUAAGAGUUCUGGAGGAGCUGCUGAAACCUCCAGAGGAUGAAGCAGAAUACUACAAGGUGCCGGCCCUGGGAAAACACUAUUCACAACGGUGGGCUCAGGAAGACCUGCUGGAGGAGCAGAGGGAUGGGGCCAGAGCCAACGACAAGAAGAAGGGCAUGAUGGGACCUCUAUCAGAGCUGGAUGCCAAGGAUGUGGACGCGUUACUGAAGAAGUCAGAGUCCCAGCACGACCCUCCUGAAGAUGGCUGCCCAUUUGGUCCUCUCACGCAGCGGCUCCUUCAGGCUCUUGUGGAGGAGAACAUUAUCUCUCCCAUGGAAGACUCUCCAAUCCCAGACGCACCAGUGAAGGACUCUGCAAACGACGGGGCAAGCACGUCCCCCCGUAGCCAGGGCAAAGCUUUCAGUGUGCCACACACACGCUCUUUGGAGGCACGAAUCAAGGAGGAACUGGUGUCUCAGGGACUGCUGGACACUGAGGACCGGCCAGGGACUGGGGGCGAAUCUGAGGAUGAAGUCCUGGCCGAACUGCACAAACGACAGGCCGAGCUCAAGGCCCUGAGUGCACACAACCGCACCCGCAAACUUGAGUUACUCCGACUGGCGAGGGAGGAGACACGGAAACAGGAACUGAGGCAGCGGGUUCGAGUGUCUGACAACGAGGUGAUGGAAGCUUUCCGCCGCAUCAUGGCUGCCCGGCAGAAGAAGCGCACGCCCACUAAGAAAGAGAAGGACCAGGCCUGGAAGGCCCUGAAGGAGAGGGAGAGCAUCCUAAAACUGCUGGAUGGAUAGGGAGGGACAGAGGGACAGAGGGGAGUGCUGUAAUUGUGGGCACAAUGGUAGAAGGGGUGGGUGAAGGCCGCAUCCUUAUAAAGGAGGGAGAGAUGCCGUGUUGCUCGGAUGGGUGAAUGUUCCAGUCAUUUAAAUCGCAGUAUGGUUUGAGUAUUUGUCCAUUCUAUGGUAGCUCACAUUAUCAUCAUGUUAGCCCACAUCAGCCCACUGUUAUGCGUACAGUGUGUGUGGGUCCAAGAGACAUUUUUUAGUUCCCCCAACACAGGUUUCACAGCCUGAUGUUGGUCACUUCACCACUUAGCAUUAGUCACCAGUGUAAAUAAGUCAAACUUGAUGUAGAUUUAUUAUUAUUGAAACUGCAAACAGAAAAUCGAGAGAUUUUAGCAAAGAUGGAUAUGUAUGCCUUUGAGACUGGAAAGGAUUCAGCAGCUGUGUUUAAAGGCACUGACAUUAACCCGUGAAUUGAAGAACAGAAUGGAGGUGGACUAUGUGCGUGUGUGUAAUUCAUGUUGGAGUCAGGUGUUGCUGUGAACCUGUGACAACUUAAGUUGAACUCCCUUGCCAUCUUUUUGUAAUAUUGUCAAUUUUAUACAUUUGUUUGUGAAUGAAAAACUGUAGAUGUUUGAAUAAACAGUUAUUUGUAUGAA